GAUGGUUUAUUGGUGGCAAUAUUGGUGGUGUUAAAAAAUAAAGUUUUAUCAAUAAUAAAUGAACAGUGGGGCUGCUUUCUACAUUUUGUUACGUAUUUUUCAAAAUAUUUUUAUGUAAAAUUUGAUAUCCAAACAAACUGUUACUGUUUAUUCUCUAAAAAAAGGUUUUAUUAGUCAGCUGUUCAAACGUCAUUUCCCGAGAUUUUGGGGCGGUCGCAGUUUUGAAGUUUGCUAAAUUUUGAGAAAAGUUCAUCCACGUUCAUCUGAAAUAUUCCGCAAAGAUUUUUAAAAUAAACCACAAAAACUCCACCAUGACAGCCCCCAAGGCGUCAGGAGAUGCAAAUCGUAAUAAUAGAAAUGCCGCAUACAAGGAUAAAAGCAAACCUACCGAUGUAAGAACUAGCAAUAUAAAUGCUGCAAAAGCCGUUUGUGAUGCGAUUCGAACAAGUUUGGGACCCAGGGGAAUGGAUAAAAUGAUCCAAGCCAGUAAUGGGGAAGUAACAAUUACAAAUGAUGGAGCUACCAUUUUAAAGCAAAUGAAUGUAAUUCAUCCGGCUGCAAAAAUGCUGGUAGAAUUGUCAAGGGCUCAAGAUGUUGAAGCCGGCGAUGGUACUACUUCAGUUGUUGUUAUUGCUGGAGCAUUAUUAGAUACUGCUGAAAAACUAUUGAACAGAGGCAUUCAUCCAACGGCAAUAUCAGAGUCUUUUCAAAAGGCUGCUUCUCAUGCUGUAGAGAUCUUAAACAACAUUGCUACUCCAGUUGAAUUAAAUAAUAGAGAACAGUUAAUUAAGAGUGCAUCUACUUCGCUUAAUUCAAAAGUUGUCUCACAGCAAUCAACUCAGUUGGCACCUUUAGCUGUUGAUGCAGUAUUAAAAGUACUUGAACCAGGUCGAGAAAGCGCAUGUAAUUUGACAGAUAUUAAAGUUUUAAAGCAAUUAGGCGGUACAGUGGAGGACACUGAACUAAUUAAUGGUCUUGUGUUUCCAAGAACUCUGGCAAAUGUUGUUGGCCCUAAACGAUUAGAAAAAGUGAAAAUUGGUCUUAUCCAGUUCUGCAUUUCUCCACCAAAAACUGACAUGGAUCAUAAUGUUAUCGUUUCUGACUAUGCCGCUAUGGAUAGAGUUUUGAAAGAAGAACGAGCAUAUAUUUUAAACAUUGUUAAGCAAGUGAAGAAAGCUGGCUGUAAUGUGUUACUUGUACAAAAAUCUAUCUUAAGAGAUGCCAUCUCUGACUUGGCUUUACACUUUUUGGAUAAAAUUAAAUGUAUGGUGGUUAAGGAUAUUGAGAGGGAAGAUAUAGAGUUUGUUUGCAAAACUUUAGGCUGCAGGCCUAUUGCAUCUUUGGAUCAUUUUGUAGCUGAGAAUUUAGUGUCGGCAGAUUUAGCCGAAGAAGUUGGAUUUGGAGCAAACAGAAUGGUCAAAAUAUCAGGGAUUCAGAAUCCUGGACGUACCAUCACCCUCUUGGUGCGGGGUUCAAACAAGCUGGUCCUUGAAGAAGCAGAGCGAUCUUUGCAUGACGCCUUAUGUGUAGUUAGAUGUCUUGUUCGUAAAAGAGCGGUAAUAGCAGGGGGCGGGGCCCCCGAAACUGAACUGGCUCUGCGAUUGGCUGCUCUUGCAGAUAAAAUGGAAGGAGUCGACGCUAUCUGCCUUAGGGCAUAUGCUGGAGCCCUGGAGAUUAUUCCAUUUACUUUGGCAGAAAAUGCUGGUUUGAACCCAAUUCAGACUGUAACUGAAUUAAGAAAUAGGCACGCAAAGGGAGAGAUUUCUGCAGGAAUCAACGUACGCAAAGGUUGUAUUUCUGAUAUAUUAGAAGAGAAUGUAAUUCAACCAUUGCUGGUGACCACAUCUGCUUUGUCUUUUGCUACAGAAACAGUGAGAUCAAUCUUAAAAAUUGAUGAUAUUGUGAACACAAUGACAUGAUUUGGUGAAUUAUUCUGCGCCAAGUUUUCAACUGUUGUUUUAAUGGCUAUUAACAAGAGAAUUUGUAAACCAGCUUAUAAAUCUCCCUUAAUUAGUAUUAAAAAGGUGUUUAAUCCUUUACUGAACUUAAAAUCAUUAAUAUUUAUACAUUUGUAACAGAAAAUUAGUAAUACAAACUUUUAACAAACA